AUGUCGUCGCAGACAAUUGCGACGUCAACAAGAGGUCUGCCGGAUUUCUCUUCCCGCCCCCUCCAUCUGCCAGACUUUCCCGAUCCAACAUGGCCCGAUCGCUCGAAUCCUCCCGACCAGGCCUCGAAGCCGCAAGAGGAAGCGCCGCAAACGCCCACCGCCCAGUCGCCCACAGCCGACCCUCCUGCUUGGGGUGAGAUGGACACGAAGCAACGAAGUCAAGCCGUUGGGAACCUCCUGGCGGCUUUGGCGCCCGCAAGUCCGACCCAGACCGCAACUACAACUGCAACUACGACUGCAGGUGCAGAUGCCAAACCAACAUCCCCGACAAACGACCAAGAGGACGCGGCCAACCCAACAAACGGCCCUUCUUCUGCCGACGCCCCUGCUGCAACCGAAACGGCCAACGACACACUCGACGCCGGUACUAGUAUCUCUCUUCCUCCGCUUCUCCCACUCAGCACCGAUGAGUUGAUGGAUGGGAAUUCACAUCCACCACCUUCCUUCUCCCCAUCGAUACCCGCGCAAUCCACCGAACCGGCCCCUUCGAAUCAAAUGGCUGCGAUGCUGGCUCCCCUGACACCACAGAUGGACUCCCGCUCUCCUGUUGCAUCUCCUGGUCCCAUCCCCGAACGGAGAGAAAUCGAGGCUUUUGCAAAGAUUGAAUUCGAGGACGGCAACUACUAUAUUACAACCUAUGCCUGUGAAUUAGGUCGAGAUGCUUUUGCAUACCGUGCCGCCCUUGCGAGGGCCGAAGAAGCGCGACAGGCCCAGCAAGACCGUGCUCAAAGUUCCAGUGGGAAAAGGUCGGACGGCAAUCCCAGACCAAAUGAGAGCCAAGUGCAAGGGAGCGUUGUCAGCGAGGCGGGAGGCUUUGGGGGUGUGGACGAUCCCCAGGCUCUGCAGGAUGGAGAGCGCCGCGAUCCCAACCCGAUGCACUCGCAAUCCUCCGAGCGGUCUGGCGGUAGUGUCGUCAAGCCUCAAGAAGUUCUCAUCAACCCUCCACUCAUCCCUUUUGAUUACCACAAAAUGGCCGAACGUCAAGCACAAUUCGAACAGGGGAACGAUCCCGAGGCAGAUAACGAACAGCCUGCCCCGGUCACUGCAGACCAUAUCCCCGACGCCCACAACUGUCCUCUUAUUCCUAUUCAUGCGAUGCGCACCUCUCAAAAGUCCGAGGUGGAAAAUCACCGAAGUAUUUCCCGCCGACACGUCAAGAUCCAGUGGGAUUUUGACAAGGAGUGCUUCCAGAUGAAGGUCUUGGGCCGGAACGGCGCUUUCUUAGAUGAUCAGUAUCUACAGCGUGGUGGGGUUAAGCGCCUCAGAGACGGUUCAAGGAUCCAGAUCUCGAAUGUCUGGAUGACUUUCCGACUACCAAACGAGAAGCCUGAGCCGAUGACAGAUGAGUCCGACGGUGAACGAGGGGAGGAGAGCCUCUCUCCACCACGCAAUAUAUCCUCGACACCGAACGAAGAAGAGGAUGAAGACCGGAGCAUCUCGCCCUCACGCACUGGCAAGACGAAGACGAGGAUUGUCCUGACUACGGCGCAUAAACCGUCACCAAGCCUUCCAGAUCCGCUAAUUGGACCCGACGGUCAGCCUCUGCCGCCGAGGAAACGUGGUCCCGGAAGGCCGCCCAAGGACGGGAUCAUGUCUACGCGAGAGAGGAGGGAAAGAGAAAAGGCACAAAGAUUGGCCGAAGCCAAAGCGGCGAAUGGAGGCAGAACUCCGCCACCAAUGUUGAAAGGAAAAUUCCCGAAGCCCAUCAUCAAGGAGGAGGUCAUCAUCCCCGAACCCAAACCUGAGAAGAGAAAGUACAAGAAAAGAAAACGGCCUGGAGAGGACGGUGAAAUUGUGCAAUCAAUCGAAGGCGGUGAGGUUGACGUGCCUAGUGAAACGGAAAAAGUGCUGGUGAAGAAAGCACGGCAAUCGAAGUCGCCCUCACCAGAAUAUCCCCCUGUGGAGAGUUUGACGGAAGAGCAACUGGCACGACCGUCCGAGCCUUAUGCUCGGUUGAUCUACGACAUCUUGAUCGACAUCCACCCGAAAGCUCUGCCGCUGAAACAGAUCUACCGCGCGUUGAAGCUCAAAUUUCCCUUCUUUGUCCACCGUGUGGAUUCGGAGGGCUGGCAGAGUAGUGUCCGGCACAAUCUGAACCAGGAAUGGAACAAGCUCUUUGAGAAAGGGGAAAAGGAAGGCAAAGGCUUCGCGUGGAAAGCAAUACCGGGGGCGCUUCAACCACAAGCAGAAAGAAGACGCGCCGCUCAGCAAGCCGCCGCGAACAAGCCAAAACCUACUCCGACACCACGUCAACCUCCUCCUCCCGGAUCUCACCCUCCACUGAAUUGGCAGAACACUCCAUUUCCCCAGCAAAAUGGCAUGCCACCAAGAGGUCCUCCCCCGUUCUUCGUGCAAGGUCCACAUGGUCCCAUGCCGCCUCCGCCAAACGGGAUGCCUUGGCCUCCUCCUCCUCCACCACCCCCUGGGGGAAUCCCACCCUCAGCCUCACCGAGCGCAAACGGCCACGCUCCUCCACAUAUGCAGCCCGGGCCCAAUCCUCCUCCGUUCUACCCACCUCCUCCUGGAGGCCGUCCCCCAUUUCCCUCACAGCCGGCUUCCCAGGCCGGCUCAUCUCAACCCAACGCUCCCGCGGGUCAAGGCCCGGCUCGUCCGAGCUCGGCAGCUGCAACUCCAGGCCCACCUCCGCCGAUUCCGUCCAGCUCCUCUGCAUCUCGAAACAUGCCUUGCACAACCGACGGUUUGCUCGCGAUUAGAAGGUUCGAAAAUGCCAUGUAUGAUCAAGUUCGGGACCCGACCAAGAUCGAGGAAUGGCAGAAAGUAUUUGCCUCGGUCAAACGGCGAUUGCUGCAUGGUGCUCCCCAUUCUUCUUUGCCCAAUGGUGAGACAAAAGAGGAGCUCACGAUCAUGGAGCAUGUUCGGCGGUUCAUUGAUCGCUUCAAAAACCCCAACUUUGUCGGGUUCUCGAUCGAGCAGACCAGAGGUACUGCAUCGCCGGCGCCCACAAGCGUAGCCACUUCGGUCGAACCGUCUGGGCCGUCGUCCACCGCAGCCGUGCCGCCUGUUAUUCCUGUCAAGCCGAUCGUGCCAGAGAGCACGAAAGAGAGUCAACCUUCGGCCGGAACUGAUGGCAAGAUUGAAGCUGAUGAGCAGCCCAAGGCUGUGGCCGAAAAAGCCCUGGCCCAAGACGCCGCUUAG